GGGUGGAUUCAACGAAAACUCACCUCCCCUCUCUCUCUCUCUCUCCCUCUCUCUCUCGUGCCCCCUCUUAGGAUCCUUUUCUCUCUCUACGCUCGCUCUCUGCCAUUGCAGCAGCAUAUGCUUGGACUCUCUCUCUCUCUCUCUCUCUCUCUCUCGGAGUCUUUGUUUCUGCCAUUAAAGCAACAGCUUUUGAGUUGUUUCUUUGUGAAGCUUUUCUUCUGAAGUCUGAACUCUGUGCUUGAAAGCGAACCUAAUUUAUUGACGGAAGACUAAAGGCACUGAAGAAAGCAUGUGGCUUAUCGCUUCUUUUUCUGUCUGCAUAUGAUGGUUUUGUAGUCUUACAUUUGAGAUCAUUCGAUCCUUUGCUGAAGGCAAAUUUCUGGACGGAUUGAGCAACUCGGAGCUGGUUUGAUCUGUCUGGUUCAUCAAUGAAGUCUGGAACUCGGCUCAACACUGCUUUUUUUCAGCUCACACCCACUCGUACCAGGUGUGAUUUAAUUAUCAGUGCAAAUGGAAAGACAGAGAAAAUGGCUUCAGGUUUGCUGAAUCCAUUUCUUGCUCACUUGAAGACUGCCCAAGAUCAGAUUGCCAAGGGAGGUUAUUCAAUUGUACUCGAACCAGAACCUGGUAGUGAUGCAACUUGGUUUACAAAGGGCACGGUGGAGAGGUUUGUUCGUUUUGUGAGCACCCCAGAGGUCUUGGAACGGGUGUAUACUAUAGAAUCUGAAAUUUUACAGAUUCAGGAAGCAAUUGCAAUUCAAAGCAACUGUGAUAUAGGGCUGAGCACUGUAGAAGACCAUCAGGCAAAAUCUGUGGAGAGCAUUGAAGGCUGCAAGCCAGUAUUGGAUGCUGAUGAAGAGAAAGCAAUUGUCCUUUACAAGCCUGGUUCACAUCAACCUGAAGCCAAUGGAUCCAAUACACAGGAGGGAAAUUCAAAAGUUCAGCUUUUGAGAGUCCUGGAGACACGCAAGACCGCACUGCAGAAAGAGCAAGGCAUGGCCUUUGCACGCGCUGUGGCUGCUGGUUUUGACAUUGAUCACAUGGCAGCAUUGAUGUCAUUUGCUGACUGCUUUGGAGCCUUGCGUUUGAUGGAUGCAUGCUUAAGAUUCAUGGACUUAUGGAAAGGGAAGCAUGAGACCGGGCAAUGGCUUGAAAUUGAAGCAGCUGAAGCAAUGUCUGGUCGACAAGACUUUGUUUCCAUGAAUGCAUCAGGCAUUAUGCUUUCUAAUGUGACCAGCAAGCAGAAGGAAUUGAGGGAAGGAUGGCCAGAAUCCCGUAGUGAUUUGGCCUCAGAAAAUAAUGGGAAAGCAAACACUGAUGCAAGUAUAGAUGAUAAGGCUCCUACGGAUCACCAAGUACCAAUAGGCAAUCAAGAAUAUAUGCAAGGCCAGUUUCCACAUCCCAUUUUCCCUCCCUGGCCCAUAAAUUCUCCAGCUGCCGCAAUGCCAAUUUUUCAAUCAUAUCCUGUGCAAGGCAUGCCUUACUAUCCAAACUACCCCAUGAACAGUCCAUAUUUUCAGCCACCAUAUCAAUCUGUGGAGGAUUUCAGAUCUAAUGCUGGUCUAAGAAUGGGACAGAGAAGGCAUUCUAUGGAUAGUAGAGAAAGCAAUACUGAAUCAGAACCUUGGGAGCUAAAUGCUUCUAAAACGAAAUCACGUGAUGAUUUGGAGUUGGAAAAAGAAGUAUCACAAGAUCAAGAGCCUCGAAAAAAGGCUAGCCGCUCAGGGAGGAAGCACUCUGGUGUGGUUGUCAUUCGGAAUAUUAAUUACAUCACUCCAAACAAGCAGAAUUCUUCAGAUAGUGAAUCACAAUCAGCUUCUGACUCUGAAAUUGAUGGAGAAGGAGAGUUGGAGGCUGUAGAAACUGAAAUAAGGCAUAAGAAUCACUCAAAAUCUUCAAAAAAUAAAGGAAGCCAAAGAAAAUCCGUGGAGAGGUUGAAUUCAUUUGAUAAAGACACAAUUUGUGAAAAGGAGGUUGAUGGUGGACACUGGCAAGCAUUUCAGAAUUGCUUACUGAGAAGUGCUGAUGAAGAUAAACAGGCUGUCGACCAGGGCAUGUUUGCAAUGGAAAAGGAGGUUCAAGGGAAACGGCGGCAAAUUAGGCAUGGCGAAGAUCUCUUAGUUAUUGCAGGGCAAGAUACUGGAAAAAUGCAAGAAGGGAGUAUAUCUGAAUAUCAGAGCAUCAGUGGAAAUGUGACACGCAUGCUCAAGCCAUCAAACGAUGAAAUGCACCUUUCUAGAAUAGAGAGCACGUCUGGUGAUGGUAGAGGAUCCACUGCUGAUUUAAGAAAUGUGGAGUUUACAGAAAUAGAAGGCAGAAGGGGUGGAUAUAGGAGGACUGCAAAUGAUAAUUUCAUGAUUCAUGGACAAGACAGGCAGCCAGAGUUUUCAAGUUCUUCCUCAGAUCCAUUGGCUCUAACAUUUGAGCAUGCUACCAAUCACUUGGAUAAAACCUCAACACAUAGUAUGGCUGAUGAAUCCUUCAUAGUUCCAUUGAGGUCUGGUUUGCUAGGAGAAAUCAGAAUUGAUGAGAGAAAUGCCAUCGACAUUGAUUCAGAACUCCCAUUAACGCUUCAAAAGUUGGACAAAUUUUCAAAUAGAGGAGGAAGCCAAGUCAAUUAUGAGCCAGAUGAUUUGAGUUUGGUGCCUGAGCGUGGGGCAGAGACCAGCUGUGUUAGCUAUGACCCUGCUUUAGACUAUGAAAUGCAGGUUCAUGCUGAUACCACGGCACUUGGUAACAGGAAUAAGGAAGCUGUGACUGAUGUCAAGCAAGUGCCUAAGAAGUUGGGCAAGGAUCAGAGGCCAAAAGUUACUCCAGAUGCUUCAGAUAAGAAGAAGAUAAUGGGUGCGACAAGGAAAGGGAAACCUUCAAAAUUGAGUCCUUUGGAUGAAGCUCGGGCACGUGCUGAGAGGCUAAGAACCUUCAAAGCUGAUCUUCAGAAAUUGAAGAAAGAGAAUGAAAAGGAAGAGAUUAAACGACUGGAAGCUUUGAAGAUGGAGAGACAAAAGAGAAUUGCUGCAAGAAGCAGUUCAAUCCCUGCUUCUUCACCAAUGCACUCACAGCAAUCCCGAAAACAAUUAACAACAAAACUUUCCCCAAGUUCACAUAAAGGGUCAAAAUUCAGUGAUUCAGAGCCUGGAUCAUCGUCACCUUUACAGAGAGCCUCCAUGAGAGCUACUUCUUUGGCAUCAAGCAGUUCUCCAAAAACCUCUAAAGCCAGCAGGUCAAACAAUGGCAGCGUGGCUGGGAAUACGUUAAGCCGGUCAGCUUCAUCUUUGCCUCAGCCAAAGAAAGAAAACAAAAGCACCACACCUGAUCCAAAGGCAUCCAUGGCACGAAUCAGAAGAUUGUCCGAACCUAAAAUGAGCAGCAGUAGCCUUAAUGUUUCUUCAGUGAAGCUGCAAAACACUGAAGCUAUAUCAAAACCAAAAUUAUCGAAUGAUUCUGAAAGCAUGAAAAUAUCUGCUAUUAUGAACCUUGAUAGAACUAAAGCUGCAACUCUUCCAGAACUGAAGGUCAGAACAUCCAAAGAGCCUUCAAAUGUAACCCAGAUCAAACCCGCUGCAAAAGAGAUGACACAAAAGGUGAAUGAGAGCAAAUCUUCCAUGACUACUGCAAGUAGCAAUCUGAACAACAAGAAUAAUGACAAUAUUGUACAUCAUAAUGACAUGGAUGACAACCCAGUUAUUGAGAAAACAGUUGUCAUGCUUGAAUGUGGGAAGCCAACCAUUCCAGCUGCACAUGCAUCAGAGGAAAAGGCAGGGAUGCUUCUGGGAGAUUAUGAUAGUCAUAUACUAGGAGAAAGAACUGAGAUAGUGUCAGAGUAUGCAGCUAUUCGUGCACCAGUCUCUCCACUCAACAUGGAUGUAGUUGAUAGAGAACCUAUUGAUCACCAAUUGCAGGAGCAACCCAGUUCUCACGAGGUGAAGUAUGCUGAAAAGGAAUCACCACAUUUUUCGAGCAUCAGCACUGCACAAAAACCCUAUCAAGCCCCUUAUGCCCGGGUCUCUUCCUUAGAAGAGCCAUGCACUGGAAAUUCGGAAUAUGGAAAAGCUCCCCCAACAAGCUUAGAGAUGCCAACAACAAUGGCUGAUACUACAAGAGCAAUUGUAUCUGAUUCUGAAAACCUCAAACUAGAGAGAAUUCCUGAAGCCCUUGAGAAGUCUCUGGUAAAGGAAUCAUCAAAAGGUUUUAGACGACUGUUGAAGUUUGGAAGGAAGAACCAUAGCUCUGCUACGGGUGACCAUUUUGCUGAAUCAGAUAAUGCAAGUGUUAGUGGUUCUGAGGCAGGUGAUAAUGCAGCCAACGUUGCAUCUUCAAGUGAAGUUCAUACAUUGAAGAAUCUGAUCUCACACGAUGAAACCCCCACUGCCAUUGCUUCCCAAAAGGCUUCUCGCUCCUUCUCUUUGUUGUCACCAUUCCGUAGCAAGAAUAGUGGAAAGAAGCUGAUGACAUGACAAUCACUGCUGUCAAAUCUGAGGAUGAUGAAGCAGGAUUUCUUUCUUUCUUUGCAUCCGUUUAUCUGGCAGCUGUUACAAAGAUCGUGGUCUAUUAUUGUUUGCGGUUUUUCUAUUGUGGCAGAACAGUUCUAUUCUUAUUUAUUUGUAAGGUUGUAAAAACUUUUCAUUGUAAAUUCAGAUCCAUUCAAAUGCCAAAAUGGUGAAUUGGUUUUGCAA